AUGAAGGCUCUCUUCGUGAAGACACUCUUCUUCAUUCUCAACUUCUCCAACCACUCAGGUGGAUCAGCAGACAUCAGAUGCCCCUAUGAUGCUGGAUAUGAGACAUACUCCAAGUACCUCUGCAGAGGAGCCUGUUCCUAUGGAUACAAAGACAAACCUGUUGAAACUGAAGAAGGGAAGAGCGGGGCUGUUAGGGGAAGAUUCUCUCUCCAUGACAACACCGCUUCUAGAAUCUUCACCGUCUCCAUCACUGGACUGACUGCAAAGGAUGCUGGGAAGUAUUGGUGUGGAAUUAAGACUGGAUUUUGGGUUAAAGAUAUCUACAUUGAAGUCAACCUAGGCAUCACACCACCUGUGAUCACCACACCUCUGACCUCAGGCAUCACAUCACCUGUGACAACCACACCUCUGACCUCAGGUGUGUUGGCUGGCAUUAUUGCAGGGCUCGGUGUGGCAAUGCUGAUGGGAGCUGGGCUACUGCUGUUCUGCCUUCGGAAGAGACAUCAUUUAAAUGCAAGAGCAAGCAGUCCUCACCAGCCAAACCCUGAAAAGGUAAAUUCAGCCCUUGAGCCAUUGCACCUCACCACCACCGCCACCCUCACCAUCCCACCUGGGAGUGACCCUUCAUCAUUUACAUGCACACACAAGCAGCCUUCAUCUGAGAGUGACCCACAGUAUGGGUUCCGGAGACAUUCCCUAGUGCCCUUACAACCCGAAGGCGUUUACCAGACAAUGUCCGCCGUACCCCCGCAACCCGGAGUUUACCAGACGAUGUCCUCCGCCGUACCCUUGCAACCUGAGGGGGUUUACCAGACGAUGUCUACCGUACCCUUGCAGCCUGAAGGACUUUACCAGACAAUGUCUACCGUACCCUCGCAGCCUGAAGGACUUUACCAGACAAUGUCUACCGUACCCUCGCAACUUGAAGGAGAUUACCAGUCAAUGUCUGCCGUACCCUUGCAACCCGAAGGCGUUUAUCAGACAAUGUCCAUUGUGACUUCACAACCCGAAGGCGUUUAUCAGACGAUGUCAGCCGUGCCCAUGAGGAAGACCAAAGCAGUCGAGUCAGCAUCAGUGAGGAAGGCCAAAGCAGUUGAAACGGCGUCGAUGAGGAGUGACUACAUAACCAUGGGACCCACAUUGCCAAGGCAAACAAGACAUAAGUGAAUGAUAAAAGUUGACUGACAAUUUAAAAAACUCCUACGGACUGACCAUUUCACGAUUUUCGUUUCGGUCCUGGACCUUCAUCAGGAAAAUGUAGGGUCUAGGACUGAAACACAUCUCCUACGCACCUGCCAGCAGAGCUGUGCAAAAAUAAUAUAAACUAAAUUUCAGAUUCUGAUGUGGUCUGCCUGGGAUUCAUCAUUCUUUUUGUUGCCC